CAGCUGCGGAGGCCGGCGUCGCCCCACCUCCGGCGGGCUAGGCUGGGACACCCGCCCGCCCUUCGCCCAGCGGACGACUGCUCCGCUCGCCACCUCCGCGGGACCAGGGUCCCUGGCACGCCGCGAUGUGGGCCGCGCUGCAGCUACUGAGCGCCGGGGCCUGGCUCCUGGCCGCCGCCGAGCUGUCCGUCAACUCCAUAGAGAAGUUUCACUUUAAGUCAUGGAUGACACAGCAUCAAAAGACAUACAGUUCAGAGGAAUACCACCACAGACUGCAGAUGUUUGUCAACAACUGGAGGAAGAUUAAUGCCCACAAUGAGAGGAAUCACACAUUUAAAAUGGCAUUGAACCAGUUUUCAGACAUGAGCUUUGCUGAAAUAAAACGAAAAUACCUCUGGUCAGAGCCUCAGAAUUGCUCAGCCACCAAAAGUAACUAUCUUCGAGGUACUGGUCCCUACCCACCCUCCAUGGAUUGGCGGAAGAAAGGAAAUUUUGUCUCACCAGUGAAAAACCAGGGGGCCUGCGGCAGCUGCUGGACUUUUUCUACCACUGGAGCCCUGGAGUCUGCUGUGGCCAUCGCCAGUGGGAAGAUGCUGUCUUUGGCUGAGCAGCAGCUGGUAGACUGCGCCCAGAACUUCAACAAUCAUGGCUGCCAAGGAGGUCUCCCCAGCCAGGCCUUUGAAUACAUCCUUUACAACAAGGGCAUCAUGGGAGAAGACACCUACCCUUACAGGGGCAUGGAUGGUCACUGCAAGUUCAAGCCCCAAAAGGCCAUCGCAUUUGUCAAGGAUGUAGCCAACAUCACACUUAACGACGAGGAGGCAAUGGUGGAGGCCGUGGCCCUUUACAACCCUGUGAGCUUUGCCUUUGAGGUGACUGAAGAUUUUAUGAUGUAUAAAAGUGGUGUCUACUCCAGCACCUCCUGCCAUAAAACUCCAGAUAAGGUCAACCAUGCAGUCCUAGCUGUUGGCUAUGGAGAAAAGGAUGGGGUACCCUACUGGAUCGUGAAAAAUUCUUGGGGCACCCAGUGGGGACAAAAAGGAUACUUCCUCAUCAAGCGUGGGAAGAACAUGUGUGGCCUGGCAGCCUGUGCCUCCUACCCCAUCCCUCAGGUGUGAACCAUACCACAGAGGCAACUGGUUGGCAGAAAAAGUGAGGAACCUGCCCCACUACGGAAAUCCACUCAGAGACCCUCUCACUUUCCAACCUGACUUCUGCUCACUCUAGAAACCUAAAGAGGAAGAAGUAUUCCACUAGCAACAAGCCCACUGGUGUGGCAGCCAUCACAGUCAUGUGCCUUAAAUGUUGUUUUUAAUUGACUCAAACUCACAUGGAUCGAGGAUCUUCUCUCUUUCCAGAGGGGAGCCCCAGCGUGGAUCUUUUCUGUCCUUUAUUCAAUAAACAUGCAGGGAGUGCCUCCCUGGGCUGGGCCUGG